CUUGAAGUACAAAAAGUAUAAAACCAGAAGUUAGACACAUUGUUGGUAUCUCCAAAAAACACCUGAGUUUCUCUCCACUGAUUGAACUAUCCUGUCACAAUGCUGUCACGUACAUUAACUAUUUGUUUCAUCUUGGCUUUGGCUGGCCUGGUUAUCCCAGCCCCCGUUAAUGAUGGAGAUACAGACAUGGGAACCACAGGCAGUCCUGAUGCCCCAGACUCAGUAGAUCUGGACAAGUCUCUAGAAAAUAACUUAACAGAGUCUUCAGAAAUUAACUCCAAAGAGUCUUCAGAAAUUAACUCCAAAGAGUCUUCAGAAAUUAACUCCAAAGAGUCUUCAGAAAUUAACUCCAAAGAGUCUUCAGAAAUUAACUCCAAAGAGUCUUCAGAAAUUAACUCCAAAGAGUCUUCAGAAAGUAACUCCACAGAGUCUUCAGAAAGUAACUCCACAGAUGACCAUAAAGACAACUCCUCUGAUUCUUCUAAAUCAGAGGAUUCCUCAGAGGAAAAGGAUGACAAGGAAGAUGCUGUAGAGUCAGACAAAGAUUCUUCUGAUGACGAUAAAGAGGAUUCCUCUGAUUCCGUUGACGCUGAUGACGCUUCUAAGGAUGGGCCUGUUCCUAUCACCCCAUUCUCUGAGUAGAGCCCACAAGACACUGGAAUCAGAUGAUCAGGAUAACAAACAUCAUCAAAACUCCACCAUUGCUCUUAACUUCCUUAAACAUCUGCUACAUAGAAAUAAACUACAACAUUUAUUGCAUAAAAAA